AUGCUAUUCAAAGAUUUGACCGCGUCGUUAGGCCUUUUCUUUGCCCUGUCAUUCGCUUAUCCGUCUACUAUUUUGCCGAAGGAGAUUCCACGCCGUCAAGAUGCUCUUGAAGAAACGCCAAUGUGCGGCCAAAUUAUUGAUGCGGUUAAUGAUGGAUACCGGUUCUUUUAUGCCGCAGAUGCUUACGAGUGCUUGAUAAGCGUUCCAUUCCACGAAGCCGCGGCCCUUCGUUUCAUCGAGUACUACAACACGACAAUGCAGUUCCAGAGCACUCUGAAGCAUCUCAAAAAUCCACCAGAAGGUUACCAGCAGCCCGCAUUCGAUCUCAUGCAGGGCUUGGAAGAUCUCAAGCGCAACGUCACUGCUGGCGUAUUCAAAAACCAGUACGACUUUGAGGCCACGAUGCAAUACCUCAUAUACUCGGUUCAUGACGCCCACGUCAGUCUGCGGGCGGGUGUUCUUUCAGCUUUCUCCUUCGCGAGCCCGAUCCCUCUUGUAGCGGCAUCAAUCGACGGAAAAGAGACUCCCAAAAUCUACUUUGCUGACGAUAUCAUCGACCGCCAAAAUAACUUGACAAACGGCAUCGUCAUCGAUAUUUCAGCCAUCUCGCACAUAAAUGGAGAGCCGGCCGUGGAGUUUCUGACCAAAUUUGCGGCACUGCAGUCCGUUGGAAUGCUUGAGCCUCAUGCCGAUUGGAAUGAGCUUAUGGACAGCCCAGUCCAGGACGUCCAAGGCAUCUUUAGCAUUUUCGCCGGUUCCAGCACAUUUUAUCCCGGUGACACCCUUAAUUUCACCUUUGAAGCCCAGGGCAAGCCUGAACUGAAGACACACUGGCUCGCAAUCUACGACAACGCAGAAUUUACCGGCCCUCUAACGACUGGUGGCGACUUUUACAACUUCUUCGUCCUCGGCCUACUGCCAGCGUCAUAUCCCGACGUUCCACUACCGCCAUCGUUUGGAGGCCUGUCCUUCAACGAAGACGGCGACCCGAUCACGCCAGAUUUGCAGACCAUUGACGGGAUGGAUGAAUACGAAGAACCAACUAGUUGGUAUGAAAAAAGCUUCACUGCUUUUCCCAAGAACGCGGAUGUGAAACUGGCCAAUUUAAGCAGUUACGGUGCUAACAUCAUAACGGGAUACUUCUACGAUGACAUAUCGACUGGCGUACUCAGCAUCCCUCAUUUCAACCACUACGAUGAUGAUCUGGGCGACUUUGGUGAGCUACUCACAGAGUUCAUGGAAGGGGCUGAAGAAAAAGGCCUGAACCAUGUCAUUCUUGACCUGCAGAAGAACUUUGGCGGAUCGUCUGGUUCUGCACUGUUUCUUUUCCGAGAACUGUUUCCUGGAGUUGACCCCUUUGCUGGAAGUCAGCGACGCAGUCACAAGUUGGCCAACAUUCUUGGCUCGGCUACUACUCAUAAGUAUCGAGAACAAGCUGCUGGCAGUGAAGAGGACCAGGAGGACAGUUUGUCGCUUGUCUCGGACGAGUGGACGAUUGUGACUCGACUAAAUGCUGAGACGAGGAGGAAUUUCUCCUCUUGGGAGGAGUACCAAGGGCCUAGACAACAACUCGAAGAUGACAUGUCUCUUGUGGAACAAUACGACCUCAAAAACCCGACUUUUCACGUUGCAGCGUUCGACGGCUGGUUGCUCAACCGUUAUCUGGAUGAUAACGAUGCAGAGAGACACGUACCGUGGACUCCUGAAAACAUAGUCAUCCUCACUGACGGAACAUGCUCUUCUGCGUGCGCUCUCUUUCUUGAGCUCGCGACCCAGGCCGGCGCCCGUACCGUCGUUGUUGGCGGCGCGCCCAAACCAGGGCCAAUGCAAGCUGCAGCCGGCACCCGCGGUGCGCGUGUGUAUUCUGGAGACGAGCUAGACUACGAUUUCGAGUGGAUAGGAGAACAUAAUGAGACUGCAAAGGCCCAGUUCCCAGCCAACCGACAGGACCGGGGAAUCUUCAUCAAGCACGCCGGGUUCAACCUCCGCGACCAGCUGCGCGCGGAUGACAUCUCCACACCUCUUCAGUUUCGCUACGCCGCAGCCGACUGCAGGCUGUACUUCACAAUUGAUAACGUCUACAACAUGACUACUCUAUGGCACGACGUUUCCCGGGCGGCUUUUCAAGAUCCCAGUCUCUGUGUCGAAGGCUCCACGGGGUACACAUCCCGCAAUGGCACGGCCUCGCCCAAGACCCCUCCAAAGCCUUCGACCGCUCCUGUACCCGCGCCAAAAAUAGCUGUGACAUUUGCUGACGACCACGACACUCUUCCCAGUGACGGCCUGCCAGCUGGGAGAGAAAGAAUCAUCAACCAGGUGUCGACAGAAGCUUGCGUGCCCCAAGUUGGCAAGAAUCCGUGCACGAACGGCGGAGCGUGUGUACCAAUCAACUACAGCUGUCUUGGUCAAACGGCUUGGACUUACAUAUGCGUAUCAUUGUGCAACCCGGAAGAUAUUUGCUUUGGCACAUAUUGCACAGGGAAUAUAAAGUUCAACAUCGAACGCGAUAACGAGCUGGUGGCGGGAGUCCCUAGGUUCGACGGCCUACAACGUAAUCAUGGCUACUGCAAUCCCCCAAGUGAGGUCCAAGCUGUGUGCAGUAGGAGAAACACACAAACCCCACCACCGCUGUCGGGCGAACCGCAACGGGCACCAUCAACUCCAGGCCAAGUCAGAAAUCAGGGGGCGGUAUCCAGAAGCACUUCACCUACUGGCCUGCAAAAGAAGCCUGGCGCCAAGUUGGGACGUUUUAGGGUACCUUUAGGUUAG